AUGCCGGCGGACACCUCGGGGAAGUCGAGCGCCUCGCCUCUAGCCGGAACACCGGCCGGCGCCAGCUGGACCCCGGACAAGCCCCGGAGCGCGGCCGAGCACCGUAAGUCACUGCCGGACCCACUUUCCUCCAAGCCGGUCAUGGAGAAGCGGCGCCGAGCGCGCAUAAAUGACAGCCUGGCGCAGCUCAAGACCCUCAUCCUGGACGCCCUCCGAAAAGAAAGCUCCCGCCACUCGAAGCUAGAGAAGGCGGACAUCCUGGAGAUGACCGUGAGACACCUGCAGAACCUGCGUCGCGUGCAGGUGACAGCCGCGCUCAGCGCCGACCCAGCGGUCCUGGGCAAGUACCGCGCCGGUUUCAACGAGUGUCUAGCCGAGGUCUACGCCAGCCGCCCCCUGCUGCUCUCGCUCGACGGCCCCUUCCCCCUGCUGCGCUCCGGGGCCGCCUUCGCGCCGCCGCUCCUGCCGGGCCUGACCCGGGCCCUCCCCGCCGCCCCCAGGGAAGGGCCGCAGGGCGGGGACGGACCCUGGAGGCCGUGGCUGCGAUGAGACUGCGACCCUCGGACUGUAGCGGAGCCGCACGCCAUUCUCAGGCCACGGCCUUUGCCGAGACUGUACCGCAGAAUAUUUAUUUCCAGAGACCGUGUCAAGAGUUUAUUUUUGUUUUGUUUUGUGAAGAGUGAUUGGGUAGCACCAGCAGCGCAGGCCGUGCUGCGCGUCCCGAUGCCCUCCCAGGCGUGGGGUCUGCAGAGCCAUUCCGCGGCUGCUCGGCUGACCCUCUCCCGGGACCGGCCCAAGAACUCUACCCGUCGGUCCCCCUUGCGGGGGCUGUGCCGCCUUGGAUGGAGUGCGAGCAGUCCCACCAGAGGUUCAGGCAGGAAGGUGCCAGUCACUCAGUUUUCCAGAAUGUGUUGAAAGGCAGUCUUACAGCAUCAUUGGGCAAGGUGUUUUUGUUUUUGUUUUUUUCUUUUUUAAAGAGGUUUUUGCCUUAGGGUGUGCGACAAACACAGAGGCAGAGGGAAACUGAGAAAUGACUCUGGAAGGGGAUGGCCAAGUUCCGUCUUCAUUCUCCUGGGAUCUUGGGCAGGCAGGAACACACAUGCCCAGCCUGAUUUUCAAGCCACCGGUCUGGGACUUAAAUCAGGGAGGCAACUUGAAUUGUGGUCUCCGUGUGAGAGUCCAGCUUCCUAACGGUUAUGCCAUGUGCUGUUCUUAACAAGUUUUUUUUUUUUUUUU